ACCCUGUUUCUCUAAAAGGGAAGAAGAGGACCUCGGGACUGUACCUAGUCGCCAUUUUCUCACCUCGGGUGCAAAAAGAAACCAAAGUGCACCUCACCGGCGUCCGCCACCCCCCUCACUAGGGACCCCCGCAACCCGAACCGAUCAGCACCGUGCAGCCACCGUUAGCCCCGGAUGAUGUCUGCAGACAUGGAGGCGGAUCAGGACCAGGUGAACGGGAACGGCACCGAGGAGCCCAUGGAAACAUCAGCUGCAGUGACCCGAUCAGAACAUUUCCAGGCUCUGUUGGACGCUGGUUUGUCUCAGAGCGUCGCUGAGAAACUAGAUGAUCUAUAUAUAGCAGGCCUGGUGGCUCACAGCGACCUCGAUGAAAGGGCCCUUGAAGCUUUGAAGGAGUUUAAUGAAGAUGGGGCCCUCCAGGUGCUGGUCCAGUUCAAGGAAAGUGAUCUGUCCCACGUUCAGAAUAAAAGUGCCUUCCUCUGUGGGGUGAUGAAGACCUACAGGCAGCGAGAGAAGCAGGGGACCAAGGUGUCUCCUGCCACUAAAGGACCCGACGAGGCCAAGAUCAAAGAGCUGCUGGAAAGAACCACCUACACUCUGGACGUAACAACGGGUCAGCGGAAGUACGGCGGCCCGCCGCCGGAGUCCGUGUACUCAGGACCGCAGCCACCCGUGGGCACUGAGAUUUUUGUCGGGAAGAUCCCACGGGACUUGUUCGAAGACGAGCUGGUUCCUCUCUUUGAGAAAGCCGGGCCGAUCUGGGACCUGCGCCUGAUGAUGGAUCCUCUGAGCAGCCUGAACCGGGGCUACGCCUUCGUCACGUUCUGCGCCAAGGACUCCGCCCAGGAGGCGGUGAAGCUGUGCAACAACUAUGAGAUCCGGCCGGGCAAACACAUUGGCGUGUGCAUCUCUGUGGCCAACAACAGGCUGUUUGUCGGUUCAAUUCCCAAGAGUAAAACCAAGGAGCAGAUAGUGGAAGAGUUUUCUAAAGUCACAGAGGGGCUCAGUGAUGUCAUACUGUACCACCAACCCGACGACAAGAAGAAAAACCGAGGCUUCUGCUUCCUGGAAUACGAAGACCACAAAACCGCUGCUCAGGCGCGUCGCCGGCUGAUGAGCGGCAAGGUCAAGGUCUGGAGCAACCUGGUGACGGUGGAGUGGGCCGACCCCAUCGAGGACCCCGACCCAGAGGUCAUGGCCAAGGUGAAGGUCCUAUUCGUGAGGAACCUGGCCAACGGCGUCACAGAGGAGAUCCUGGAGAAGUCCUUCAGCCAGUUUGGGAAGCUGGAGCGAGUGAAGAAGCUGAAAGACUACGCCUUCAUCCACUUUGAGGAGCGUGACGGAGCGGUGAAGGCUCUGGAGGAGAUGAACGGCCGGCAGCUGGAGGGGGAGCCCAUAGAAAUCGUUUUCGCCAAACCCCCCGACCAGAAGCGGAAGGAGCGGAAAGCCCAGCGACAAGCAGCCAAGUCUCAGAUGUACGAUGAUUAUUACUACUACCCUCCUCCUCACAUGGCUCCUCCCACCAGGGGGCGGGGCCGAGGGGGCAACCGGGGCGGCUACGGUUACCCUCAGGAUUACUACAGCUACGACGACUACUACGAUUACUACGGCUACGACUACCACAACUACCGUGGCGGCUACGACGACCCCUACUACGGCUACGAUGACUUCCAGACCCCGGGGCGGGGGCGGGGAGCCAGCCGGGGGCCCAGGGGCGGAGCCUCCCCGGUGAGGGGCCGCGGUGGGGCCGGCGCGCCCAGAGGCAGAGCCAGCUUCUCGCAGCGCGGCGGCGGCGUGCCCGGAUUGGGCCGUGGAGGACGCAGAUCAAGAGGAGGCGUGCCGCCAAGAGGGCGAGGAGGGGUACGUGGUGCGCGGGGCGGCCGCGGUGGAAAUGUAGGAGGAAAGCGCAAAGCUGAUGGCUACAACCAGCCAGAUUCCAAGCGCCGCCAGACCCAGAAUCAGAACUGGGGCUCGCAACCCAUUGCUCAGCAACCGCUCCAAGGUGGUGAUCAUUCUGCAGGAGAAAGGCGUGGAGGCCGCCGCCGACGUGUUGCUAUGAGGACCGGCACGGCCCCGCCCGCUGGAGGAAACGGUAAGGUCAGCUGACUGCGCGGUCCGAUGGGGAUCCGGCCUCGCCGAGGAGCAGAGGGAGGGACACUCGGAUCCACCUGAGCCCGGAUUCUUCUGGAUGAAUCUGUUUCUGUUUGGAGCCUUGAACUCUGUUCUGUUCUGGAGUUGGACUCGGAUCAUCAGAACCCGGCGCCGGAGACGGGGCCUUCCAGCAGAGCGGGUUUAACUACCUCAGUGUGAAGGGAGGGAGGGAGGGAGGGAGGCGGGAUCCAGGCUGCUGCUCCUCUCUAACCGGGCCUCAACAGAACCUUGAACAGAAGAGCUGCUAAAAUGACCCUCAGUCUUCCGCUCCAGAACCGACUGGGUUGUCUGGUUCUGAGCGCCCAGAACCAAGCAGAACCUGUCGGUUCGUCAGAGUGAUGGAAGCUGACGCUUCCUAAAAACUCAGGACGCCACUUUUCUUUCCCUUCAUCUGUGUUGAAUGAAACGGGUCGGUACUGGACCGGACCGUCGUUCUGCUGCCGUGGGCCCGGUGCUACAAGUCCAAUAAUGUUUGAUUCUGAGGGCGGUUCCUCCUGAUGAUCCAAUCUGGGUCCCGCUCGGGUUCUGCUGACCCCCAGCAGGUUAGCAGAACCUUUGGAAGAACUCUGAGUCGAAGCAGAACCUUAAAGUUCUGUUUGGACCAGAACUCAGAGCCUGACGCUGAUGUGGUCUGAACCUCCUGGAACCAGUUCUGACCUGGUUGAGUUCUGGAUCAGCCGAGCCAAACAGAACUGGAUCACAGGUGGGAACCGGAGCUGGAACCGCCCUGAUGGAAGGUUAACAGUUCUCCACACCCCCCCAGUUCCUCACUGGGUUCUGAUUAGGCCCGGUUCGCACGCUGAUGUUCUGGUGGGUGUGAACAGACGGAGCCUGAUGAUCCAGCAGAACCUCGGUUCCCAUCAGAAACUCAUCUGUUUAAACCCAGUAGCCUCAGGUUCUGGUUCUGCUCUGAUGUUCUGUGUUCCACCAGCAGACCUCCCAGCAUGCCUGACAGAACCUCAGCCUGGGAUCUGGACUCGGUUCUGGACCCGGUUCUGGACCCGAGUCCAGAUCCGACGCUAACGGCCUCAGAAACGUUCUGCUUUGGGAAUAUCCGAUCCGUAAAAGGUCCGCCGCAGCGGUCCUGGCUCCGUUGGCUCGGAUUAAGGAGCCGUCUGUGAGGCGCUGAAAGGCAUUCUGGGAGUUGUAGUAGAACACAGCAUGUUAGCUUCUCCUUUAAGUGCUUUAAAACAGGAAGCUGUUGCUGGAUCUGCUCUGAGCUCCUGCAGAGGAAAUGUUUUAUACUGUACAGCCGCCUAAACCUAAACUUAUUUUUCUAAUAAACUCGUUAACCUUCAA